AUGACUUCGUCGUCGUUGUCGUCUUGGCUGGAUUCAGGUGAGUUGGGCGUUGACAGAGGCGGAGGCAAGAAGCUCAAGCUACGUCUCGAGGACCUCGAACGCCGUGCUGGCUCUUCUGAUGAUGUCGAGUCCGAUAAGCAGCCCCAGGAGACCACCAAGUCGAAGCGAUCUCCCUCCUCCUCCAAGUCCCGAAAGUCGCAGCCCACUACCCCGGCCAAGCCUGUCACCUCUCACGGCCAGUUCACUCCUCCCAUGGAGCCGACGGACGCUCUCUUCCCUCUUGGCACCUACGCCGAUCGGGCUUGCUCCGGCCGCCCUUCCAAGUUCAUUUGCUCAACUUACCCUGCUCCCGACGGGAUCCCCCUCACUCCCUACGGCUCCGCUCAGCCCUACCCGAUAAUGACCACCGCUGACGCCUACCCCAACUACCUGGCGGCUUCCACCGUCCCCAUGACGCUUCCCUCGAUGACGCACUUCAGCGACGCAAUCAAAUGGGAGUCGUACCCGGCCGAUGACCGGCUGACCCCUUACAUGACUUAUGGCUACAUGUCUCCUAUGGAUUUCAACGCUCCCAGCCCCUACGACCAGCCCAACCCUCACACUCCUAACUCUUCCGACUACUCGGCCAACUGCUCAGAGGCCGGUUACGAGUAUUCUAUCGUGCCUCUGUCAAUGCCCAACUCGCCUGACCCGAUUCGGCCUCCAAGGGAGAUCAAAGACUAUAUCUGCGAUUCUCACCUGAAUCCAGCCAAGACGACGACGACCACCAAGUCAUGGUAUGCUCAGGAACAUGAGCACGGUCCAAGGCAUUCAAUGGAGUACGGUCAAGUAAGUGGACGUGAAAGGAGACUGCUUUAA